GUGCCCGCACCUGCUAGAGGGAGGGUUAAGUCGUCCCGGGAGCAUUGCAAGUCGGUGGCGGAGGCUUUGGCGGCGGCUGGCGACAUGGACAACGCAGGGAAGGAGCGAGAAGCGGUCCAGCUGAUGGCGGAGGCCGAGAAACGAGUGAAGGCCUCCCACUCCUUCCUGCGAGGGUUGUUCGGAGGAAACACGAGAAUAGAAGAGGCAUGUGAAAUGUAUACCAGAGCGGCAAAUAUGUUCAAGAUGGCCAAGAAUUGGAGUGCUGCAGGAAAUGCGUUUUGUCAAGCCGCCAAGCUCCACAUGCAGCUUCAGAGCAAACAUGACUCUGCUACCAGCUUUGUGGAUGCUGGAAAUGCUUACAAGAAAGCAGACCCUCAAGAGGCUAUCAACUGCUUAAAUGCAGCCAUCGACAUUUACACAGACAUGGGAAGGUUUACAAUCGCAGCCAAGCACCACAUCACGAUUGCAGAGAUCUACGAAACUGAGCUUGUGGACAUUGAGAAGGCUAUUGCACAUUAUGAACAGUCUGCUGAUUAUUACAAAGGAGAAGAAUCUAACAGCUCUGCUAACAAAUGUCUGCUGAAGGUGGCAGCCUAUGCUGCACAGCUGGAGCAGUAUCAGAAAGCCAUCGAGAUCUACGAGCAGGUAGGAGCAAACACAAUGGAUAACCCCUUGUUGAAGUACAGUGCAAAGGAUUACUUCUUCAAGGCAGCGCUCUGUCACUUUAUAGUGGAUGAGUUGAAUGCCAAGCUUGCUCUUGAGAAAUAUGAGGAAAUGUUUCCAGCAUUUACUGACUCUAGAGAGUGUAAAUUAUUGAAAAAACUUCUAGAAGCUCAUGAAGAACAGAACAGUGAAGCUUACACUGAAGCAACUGUUUCCACUAAGAGUUGGAGAGAUGGCUUGGUGGUUUAGAACAUUUGUUUCUCUCUGUAGAGGACCAGAGUGGAUUCUCAGCACCCCACAGCUCAUAACCAUCUGUAACACCAACUCCGGGGAUCCAGUGCUUUCUUCUGACCUCCAUGGACACCUGACACACACACUGUACAUACAUUUAUAUAUAUGAAAUUAAUAAAUCUAAAAUUCUUAUUUAAUUCCAUUAACCCAUCACCAUGCAGAAGUUCUAGUUGUAUUGAGCCCUUAUUCUUGAUUUCCACUGAGAACUAACUUAUCCGGGAUGCUUCUUCAGAAAGUUGUGACGGAGUUGUAACAUGUAGUUUUGGUGAUUUGAAGACAGUCUGACAGUGUAAAGGAGGGCUUCUGGUUAAAACUAAAGUAUCAAAACUGAGCCUUUGGUGCACUUUGGAGUAUUUGUGUUAUAGGUUACUUACUUUAUGUUUGUCUUUGUUUAUCUUUUGCAAUCUUGUGUUCAGAGUCAAGCAGAUUUCUCAGGAGCUUGGAAUGACUUCAACUCCAGGCUUAAAGUGACAGUAAAAAGGAAUAUCUUAACUUUUACCCUCAAACUGCUUUCACCAGUGUCAUUGUCUUUCUUUGCAUAAGCUGAAAUCCAUCAAGGGGAUUCUGCUCCCCAUCCCCUAGUUAUUAUUUGAUUGUAUUUUUUAUGAUCAGUAAAUAAUAGUUUUCUUAUACCUUACUAAUUCUUAUGCCAUGCCCUCUGUCCUCUUGUCACAUAAAAUUUACCUUUACAUCUAUAAUAGCUUUUGUGGAUUUUUGCCAUAUACAUGUUGGCAUACAAAGAAAAAUUAAAUGCACAGGCUGAUAGGAUAAAAACUGAUUGGGGAGACAUGUUUUUCUUUGGUUUGGUUUUUCAAGAACAGGUUUCUCUGUGCAGUGGUCCUGGCUGUCCUGGAACUCACUCUGUAGACCAGACUGACCUCAAACUCAAGAGAUCCACCUGCCUGUGCCUCCAAGGGAUUAAAGGCAUGUGCCAGCUUUAAUUUCCACCUGGCUAGUAAAAUUGUUUUUAGUGAGGAAAGUUAUAAAUCCGAAUGAAUAUUUUUUAUAAAUAUUUUUAUUUUUAUUUCAUGUGCAUUGAUAUUAUGCAUGCUUAUGUCUGUGUGUGGGUGUCAGAUCUUGGAGGUAAGAGUUAUGAGCUGCAUGUGGGUGCUGGGAAUUGAACUCAGGACCUCUGGAAAAGCAGUCUUAACCACAGAGCCAUUCCUCCAGCCCUAGAAUGAGUAAUUUCUAAUCAAAGUCAGUGGGUUAUCACAGUAACAUCUUCAAACAGCUUAGGUCACUGGUGCUUGUGUUUUCAAUGUAUUUCAGGUAUAAUCCUGUUCUUCAUUCCUUAAACCAGGUGAAGGAGUUUGACUCAAUAUCACGCUUGGAUCAGUGGCUGACCACCAUGUUGCUUCGUAUCAAGAAGUCUAUCCAAGGGGAUGGAGAAGGAGAUGGAGACCUCAAGUGAAGCGCUGACAUCUUUGUGGCAUGCAGCUCAUUCCUUUUUAGUUUUGUCUUCGGGCAAAGCCAUCUUUCUGGGAUGCCCAAUUAAUGACAAUUUUGUUGUAAAUAAGCCACACAAUUUAUGUAUUGUUUCAGCUCGCCAUAUCUGUGUUACUGUGAGAAUGAGAGGCUGAAUGAAUAUUCAGUUUAUGGUUAUGACAACCGAAGUGUAUAAUGCUUAUCAGAGUCCUCAUAGUUUUCUGAUAAGUACUACCCAAUCUUAUUCCUGUUCUUCUGUUAUUUUCAGGGCCCAUGUUCAGUGUGGCCAUGUGUUUUUCCUUUUUGCCUCAACUCUGGUACUCAACCCGGUUUUAUAGAUGCUUUGCAAAGACAUUGUGCAUUGGUAUCUGGAUGGACCCUUUACACCAGUGGCUUAGUUAGAUCCUUAUUUAGGAAAAAGUUUGUAAUUCAGUAGAAACUGUUUGGCUUUUACAGUUAUUUUGAUGGUGCUAGUGAUGAAUUCAUUUGCUUUUUAUUUUGCCCCAUAUGCUCACAUAUACAUGGCAAACACUGAGAAUAGCUGGGAUCUGUUGGCAUCACUUGCAUUACAAGGAGAAAGAAUUUGCUGGCAGGUGUUGUAGUCCUGUUUUAUUCUGUGGAUGAAUGUUAAGGUGGAUUUCAGUGAUUUUUUUUGUUUUGUUUUGUUUUGUGACUUACACACAACCUAUGAAAAAUGGAUUUUUUCUCCCUUACCCAGUUUCCCCUUUUAGUCAUAAUGGAAAUCCCUUCUUCAUAUUUGCAUAAAAAUGUCUUAACUGGUA